AUGGAUGCAUUUGUUUCGAGAAAGAGAAGGCGACUGUCUCAGCACCGAGUGGAGGCUCAUGCAGCAUCAGUCGAGGUAUCAAGCACACCGAUUCCAGAUGCCUCCGGCGAGGACUCAACAGACAUCAAAAUCGCCAUUUUGCUCUCGCUGUUUCCAGAUCUCAAGCAGGAAAGUCUAUUGGAUAUUCUUGUCUCCUGUGAAGGAUCUGUAGAGGCUGCUACCUUUCUUUUAACAUCCCAAGACUCUUCGUCAAGCUCACCCCUCAAAAAACGCGUUAUUUCGAAUCCAGCUCUCGGGGCUCAAACGUCAUUAUCGUCACACGUGCUCUCCAAAGGAAAGGAUGGAUCUGUUACCACUCUCAGUGACAGUUUUCUUCGUCGCAAGCCGCUGUCCACUAAGAAAGGACAAACUCUACAUCUAUACUCCCCCGAGGAUAUUGCAGCCUACACACCAUGCACGAUUAUCCACAAUUUCCUUCCCACCGAACAGGCGAAUGCACUUCUAGUCGAACUACUCGAUGAAGCAAAACAUUUCUCACGAUACGAAUUCCAAUUGUUUAACCGGACCGUUCAGAGUCCACAUACGGCGAGCCUGUACGUCUCUACACCUGAGGAGUACCAACAACAUACCUCCGAGUACAAGUACGGUGGCACGUACCGAUCAAACGUCCGCCAAGCAACUCCAGGCCUUCGCUCUGUGUCGCGGAAAGUUCAGAAGGCAGUCAAUGAGGCUGUUCAGGCUCACAUACGCGACGCUUACCCCGAUGGCAAGAAGCUCAAGUAUCAGUCGCCAAAAGAGUGGCGACCAAACGCAGCCUUCGUCAAUUGCUACGACGGCCCUGCAGAAAAUGUGGGGUAUCAUUCCGAUGACCUGACCUAUCUUGGGCCUCAUCCGAUCAUUGGAAGUUUGAGUCUAGGCGUGGAACGAGAAUUCCGAGUCCGGCGAGUUCUACCUCGGGACGAGGACGAUGAUGCAGGCCAAACAGGCGCCGAAGAUAAGCAGAGUGCGCCCGCAAAAGGAACCAAUGACCGAAAGUCGUCUACUGCGCGUGCAGAUGCGCAAGGUCAAAUUUCCAUCCACCUUCCACACAAUUCGCUCUUGGUCAUGCAUGCGGAGAUGCAGGAAGAGUGGAAACACUCAAUCGCACCUGCGCAAACCAUCUCUCCACAUCCAAUAUCGGGCAAUCGGCGGAUCAACAUCACAUAUCGCUGGUACCGCGACACUCUUCACCCGCGAUAUACGCCUCGAUGCCUCUGUGGUGAGCACGCGGUACUUCGGUGUGCACAACGUAAACAAGAAACCAGGGGCCGGUAUAUGUGGAUGUGUUAUGCUGGAUAUGUACCAGGAAAAGAAAGCUGUUCUUUCUUCCAGUGGGCCGAGUUCGAUGAUGAUGGCGAUCCUGUGUGGACCCAUAAGCGACAGGAGGAAGAGGUUGCCCCAGCCUUGGCCAAUUUCUCAGCUUCUCAAUAG